GCUGUUUCAUCCAGGAGUGGCCUCGCCGCCAGUGUUACAGCUUAAUUGUUGUCCUCCCAUGCUGUGGGGGACUGGAGCGGAAUUGCCCAGAAAUGAAGGCCAGUUUCCUUUUGAAAAGGGCCAGCAGGAAGGAGUCGAGCCAAGGACACAAGUUAGGAAAGCAACCUGAUGUCUACAUUAGCGGGAAUUCUUCUCUCUUGUGGCCUUAGUUCUUUCUCUAGACACAAAGGGCUCUGUGUUGUCACCAUCUGUGCUGCCUAGCAAGAACAGUUAGCAAACUUAAGGUUUAGCCUGCCAGGUUUUUUCCAUCAGACGCCUGAAAGCAGUGGCCUAGCCUUCAAUUCCUGGUAAGAAAUACUAGGGUUCCGGAAAUGCCAAAGCAGUGGUGAGAUUCAAGUGCGAUUUUGUUUACCGGUGGCAGUAAAGGCAACUUGAAUGAAAAUCAACAACUGAUUUGGAGAAAAGAAAUGCCCAUCCAGGUUCCCGACAGAUAAUAAAUGCUCAGUAAAUCUUUAUGGUGGAACUGAAUUUCAGGGCAAAGGAUGUGUUUUAUAUCUUUGUAUGUGUCAUCUUGGGUACCCAGCAUAUUGCCAGGUGCUCUUGGGAUGGAUGGGACAUUGUGUGUGUGCUUAGACUGUCUUCUUGACCUGAGAGCAUCAGUUUUGAAGGUUAGGGAAUCCAAAGCUUCUGAAAGAACAAUUGUAGUUACUGGUCUUCCAGUUGGUUUUGUUAAUGAUCAGUUACUGACCACAUUACUGAAGAUUCACUUCCAAGAUAUUGAGAAUAAGGGUGGAGUUGUUGAAGAUGUGAUGUAUCCAACAAGAACCAAGGGUGUUGCAUAUGUAACAUUCAAAGAAAAAGCAGUUGCAGAGAACGUGGUCAGAAAAAAACACUGUCUAGCAGAGAAGGUUGGACCUGCUCAACUCACAGUCUCUCAUUUUGGUGAAAAGGUCUUCAGCUCUGUACAUGCUGUCCUUGAUCUUUCUGUUUUUCGGAGUCAAGUCCGUCUAGAAAACCUGGUAAUGGACCUUAAAAGGGAAAUCUCAACCUUAGGCUUCAGUCCUUUGGGACCCAAUGGAAGAAUCUCUGUUCAAGGAUCAUUUCUGGCUAUCAAGAAGCUCAAAGAACUUUUGCUAUUAAAAGUAAGUUCUCUUUUAGAAAAAAGGAAUGCACAGAGCCCAAGAGGGAGUAUGCAGAGAAGCAGUCACUCUUUAAAGUCACUCGGGUCAUCAAUACCUGAGACUCUGAGGAGUGGAGAAAGUCUUGUUCUCGACACAGAUGUUUUCCUUUACCUGAAAAACAAGAGUGGAUUUUAUGAAAGCACAUUGAAAAAAUUUCAUGUUCAAUGUCAAGAGAGAGUGGAUGGUGACAUUACCACAGUUUGUAUAAAGAAUGUUCAAGAUAGGUCUCAGCCAAACAAGGCAAAACAGGUAAAAGAACUCAUUGAGAAGUAUUCACAUGCUCUUUCCUUUGAGCUUAGAAAGGAGACAUUUAUUUUGGAAGGAAAGGAACAUAGAGAGAAAAGAAAUAUUAAGCUGGCAUGUGAACAAGUAAGUUCGAGGUGCCUUCAGGUUCUGGUUAAUUUUUAUGAGACACACAUUGAUGUUAUAGGAUCUUCUUCUGACAUAUACUUGUUUAAAAAAGAGGUCAUGAAGUUAACAAGGCAAAAAGUUAGGUAAUAAAAUGUCAACAAUGGUAACAAUAAUGGCUACUGCUUUCCCUCACAUGGUGAUGCCAUGUGUGAUGCUGGCUUUACCUACAUUUUCUUAUUUAAUUCUUUCAUUGUAGGCAUUGCUAUCCUCAUGUUAAAGGAUUUAAGGAGGUUAAAACACUUGUUUGAAGUUAUUCAGCUGGCAAAAAGUGGGGCUAGAGAAAAACCCAUUCUAUCUGACUACAAAGAUAAUAUCUAAGGCAUAAAACUUCGAAAAAAAGAAACUCACUAAAUUUUGGGGAAACCUCACUUUUUCUGCAACCCCAAAAGUCUUAGAAAAAGGGGUAGCUUUAAUUCCAACAUGUGAGAAGGCAGAUGAUUAUUAUAAUGUCAUUUCCAAUUUCUUAACAUUUACGAAGUGCGUUCACUCCAAAUAAUUAGAAUGCUGGCAAAACUCACUUGAGAAGCUACUUGGAUGGUAAAUGUUUCUGAUGCAGGUAGUCCUUACUUGACUAAAUCUCAUUAUACUGGGCGUUUGGGACAUUUUUACUGCUGCUUACUUAGCCUAAGUGCUUACAUAAAAUGUUGGUUCUUCUGUUAGAGUUAUGAAGGAAGUAUAGUGUCUUUAUAAUUGUAUUGUUAAAGUAAUAUCAUUUCAAGAAUAAGAUCACAGACCAUAAGAAUAACAGCAAACACUUAGUUGCCGGGCAUAAUUUUAAGUGCGUUGCAUGUCUUUACUCAGUCCUGACAGCAGCCCUGUGAGGCCGGUGCUGUCUUUGUCCCCUUCCACAGGUGAGGAAACUGAAGCCUAGUGAUGUAGUGUACCUUGCCUGUGCUCUUGGUUACUGAACUGUGCUUCUCCCAUUCAUAGUCUCCCACGGUUCUACUUAAACACUUCAGAAGUGUUUGCUUAAAGAUGACAGAAGGAUUUGAAAAUGCCUUCCUGAAGAAGGGGAGCCAGAUCUUGUCAUUUGAUGAUCUCUGACAGCCCUGCAUUUGACUCUGGAUUAAGCCAGUGUUAAGUAACCAGGGCAUUGCAGAGAACCUCCUAGGAUAAUAAAAUGUGUAUCUCUUGCUCUUGUCUGAGUAAGCAAACAUGGUUAUGAUGAUUUGAACUAUUUUUAUCAGUAGAAAAGGAUAAGAAAAGUCUCUCUCUGUGUUCAUCUUUCUUAGGCAUCUAAAUCCCAGAUAUGUAAAUGAUUUCCAUUUCUUUAAAUAUGUUAUUUCAUUUCUGUAUGAGUAAACAUUCUGUCAUGCGAAACUUCUGUUUAUAUCAAGUGCCCAAUAACGUAUCUUUAAAAUCUUUGAUUUUCAUUUGCUUCUAGUGGUUUGUCUCAGUCUGUGUCCAAUCAGGAGAGAGAAGGCACACAGUCAUUUGAACAGGGAAAGUUUAAUAUAAAGAAUUGUUAACCAUGACAGGAGAUUGGAAUAGUGUGAUUGGCUAGUAAGAAAUAGAAAGAACUCUGCCACAUACAGGAAUAACAGAUAUAAGGAGUAGUUAGAUAGAGCACCCUGCACCCCAGGACUGAAAUCCAGACUUUGCUGGAAGAGUUGUGCCAGGGGAGCCUGCCGGAAGUCCAUCCUCUAGGGUGCCGGAGGAGUCCGUUCACGGGUGUCUCACCAGGGGCCUCCAUUACAACCUGCCCAGGGGGGUUGCUGCGGGGAACUGCUGGUGGCUGGGAGCUGCUGGCCAGUGUGUACCACAGGCACUGAGUGCUGGGGGCGUCUCGUGUGUGGGGGCUGGACACUGGAGCAGCUGACCACGCUGCACCAGCCUGACGCGCUGAGGAAGUGGGUAUUCCGCCUCGGAGCUGGAUUCCAAGGAGCCUCCCGGCUGAACACACGGAAGCAGGAACAAGGCUCUUUCCUCCAGCAAUGCCUCUCCAGCGCCCUCUACUGGGAAAGCUUAACAUUCCUGUCAGCUACAAAGGAAAAAUGUGUUAAAAGGACCCAGAUUUGUUUUUAAUGAGUAGGCAAAUAGGAUGAAUUUAAAGCUGAGUCAAUAAAAUGGCAACUGGCGGAGUUCUAUUUGAUACCUGCCGAGGCUUUUCAUUAUUACCACAAAUUUAAUACCAAUAAAAUAAUCUUUCAACAAAGAGCUGGAUCCGAAUAGUGGGGCUCAUUCCUUGACUGGAUAGACACUAAAUGCUAAUUGAUUUACAGGUAUGAAUAUAACAUCUUCUGCUCGAGAAGACUGUGUAUUUCAGGUGUUUUACACAUUGCUGUCUCUCUUUAUAAUAUGCAAGUUGUGUAGCCAGUUUCUAUCCUUAAUAAAAACUGACAUUUUAAAAUUUUCAAA